AUGCAGUCGGCUACUGCACACAUCAUCUGCCAUGAAUCAGAGGCAUGGGACUGGUUGUAUACCAUGCAGCCAGUCUUCAUGUAUGUCAUCUGUGUUCUGGGAAUCCUGGGAAAUGUGUUUGUCCUUAUGGUUUUUUGCUUGCACAAGAAUGCCUGCACUGUGGCUGAGAUAUACCUCGGUAAUUUAGCUGCGGCUGACCUCCUCAUGAUGUCCUGCCUGCCUUUCUGGGCAAUCAAUGUGGCCAACAGUUUUGAAUGGCAGUUCGGCUCUCUGAUGUGCCGCCUGGUCAACACAGGCAUCAAAAUGAACAUGUUCUGCAGCGUCUACUUCCUAGUGCUAGUGAGUGCAGAUCGCUACGUGGCUCUUGCGCAUGCUAUGACUUAUGGCAGGAUGCGGCGGCCCUGGUAUGCCAAGCUCAGCUGCUUGGCUGUCUGGUGUCUGGGAGUCCUCCUGAGCAUCCCAGCAUUGAAAUUCAGGGAAGUGAAGUUAAUCCCAGAGUACUCGGUCACUGCAUGCAUACUGAACUACCCUACCCGCGAGAUCGAACUGGCCUGUGACAUUCUGCUCAUUUUGCUGGGCUUCAUCAUUCCUGUGUCUGUCAUAUCCUUCUGCACUUGCAAGAUAAUAAAAGCCCUGCACUGGCGAGUGAUGGAUAGGUUUAACGUGGUAAAGAAAGAGAGAAAAGCCACAGUACUGGUGCUAGCUGUUCUGAUAGCUUUUUUACUUUGUUGGGUUCCUUUUCAUCUGGUAACUCUUUUAGAUAUUCUUUUGAGAUCCAAAGUACUUAGUGGAUGUGCACUUGAACAUGGACUGGAUAUCUGUAAUCAGAUAUUUACAUACCUGGCUUUAAGUAAUAGUGUUCUUAAUCCCAUCCUCUAUGUGAUCGUUGGCAAAAACUUUAGAACAAAAGUGAAAGAGCUUCACUCAUCAACUCGGAAAUCAUUUACAUCAUAA